AUGGACAGCUAUGCAAUUUCCACCUGGAAAGCUGUCAUCUUAAUGGGAAGUAUAGAGGACAAGUUAAUCGUGCCAGGAGUGUCCGGAUUCAUUACCAGCCUCAUCGGUUGCAAAGAUAUAUUUCCAGCUGAUGGCCAGUCUGAACUUACAACUCCAGCGAAAGUGGUGAGGGCUGCCAACCCAAGACAGAGGAAAGGAAGCAAGGUUGGUGACUUUGGUGAUGCCACAAAUUGGCCAACACCUGGAGAAAUAGCCCACAAGAGUGUGCAGCAGCCACACAAACCACCAUCCCUUCGGAAACUGCCUGUCAAGAAAGACAUGAAAGAGCAGGAAAAGGGAGAUGGGAGCGAUGGCAAAGAGAGCCUGAAAACCAAAUCUGAUGAGUCUGGGGAGGAGAAGAAUGGUGAUGAUGACAACCAGAAGUCAGCCCAGAAGAAGAAAGGCAACAAACACAAGUGGGUCCCUCUGCAGAUAGACAUGAAGUCAGAGGUGCCCAGGGACAAAACAGCCUCUCGGAACAACCGGCAGAACGAGCAGCACAGGCACCCCUCCAACAACCGCAGCGAGCUCAAAGGCUGGCACCCUGACAACAAGCACGAGCGCAGCUGGCAGGACCACGACGAGACCUCCAGUGUGAAGAGCGAGGGAGGCGCCGUGCGAGGAACCUUCCGGGGCCGGGGCCGCGGCCGGGGCAGGGGCAGGGGCCGUGGCAGAGGAGGGCACUUUGACUACCAGUAUGGGUACCGGAAAUUCGAGGGCUCGGACGGCUCCCGCACGCAGAAGUACGCCAGCAACAUCACCUACUACUUCGACAACAUCAGCAGUGCUGAGCUCUACAGCGUGGACCAGGAGCUGCUCAAGGACUACAUCAAGAGGCAGAUAGAAUAUUACUUCAGUGUGGACAACCUGGAGCGGGAUUUCUUCCUGCGGCGCAAGAUGGACUCGGAGGGGUUCCUGCCCAUCACGCUGAUCGCCAGCUUCCACCGUGUGCAGGCACUCACCACUGACAUCAGCCUCAUCAUCAAGGCUCUGAAGGACAGCAAGGUGGUGGAAAUCGUGGAUGAGAAGAUCAGGAGAAAAGAGCAGCCAGAGAAAUGGGCUCUGCCUGGCCCUCCUAUGGCAGACUACACACAGACAGACUUCUCACAGUUCAUCAAUUGCCCUGAGUUUGUGCCCCGACAGAGCUUCCAGAAGGAGACUGAGUCUGCUCCAGGCUCCCCACGUCCUGCCAGCCCAGUCCCCACCAAAACAGAGGAAGUCAGCAACCUGAAGACAAUGCCCAAGGGCCUGUCCACAAGCCUGCCAGACCUGGAUUCAGAGACAUGGAUUGAAGUGAAGAAGAGACCCCGACCUUCCCCAGCCAGGCCCAAGAAACCAGAGGAGUCAAAGACACCACAGCAGCAGAAGCAAAAGGACCAAGAUGAGCCUGAGGAGCUCGACUUCCUCUUUGAUGAGGAGAUGGAGCAGAUGGACGGGCGCAAGAACACCUUCACCGACUGGUCAGACGAGGACUCGGACUACGAGAUCGACGACCGCGACGUGAACAAGAUCCUCAUCGUGACCCAGACCCCCCCGUACCUGCGCCGCCACCCCGGCGGGGACAGGACUGGCAACCACACCUCCAGGGCUAAAAUGAGCUCAGAGCUGGCCAAGGUCAUCAAUGAUGGGCUCUACUACUACGAGCAGGACCUGUGGACGGAGCAGUUUGAGCCAGAGUAUUCGCAGAUCAAGCAAGAGGUGGAGAACUUCAAGAAGGUGAAUAUGAUCAGCAGGGAGCAGUUUGACACCCUGACCCCAGAGCCCCCCGUGGACCCAAACCAGGAAGUCCCUCCUGGUCCCCCCAGGUUCCAGCAAGUACCUACAGACGCUUUGGCCAACAAGCUCUUCGGAGUCCCUGAGCCUUCCACCAUCGCCCGCUCUCUGCCCACCACCGUCCCAGAAUCGCCCAACUACCGCAACGCCCGCACGCCGCGCACCCCGCGCACGCCGCAGCUCAAGGACCCCACGCAGACGCCCCGCUUCUACCCCGUGGUGAAGGAGGGCAGGACGAUAGAUGCCAAGACUCCGCGGAAGAGGAAGACGAGGCACAGUUCAAACCCUCCCAUGGAGUGCCACGUGGGCUGGGUUAUGGACUCCAGGGAGCACAGGCCCAGGACUGCUUCCAUCAGCUCCAGCCCCUCGGAGGGGACCCCGGCUGUGGGGAGCUAUGGCUGCACCCCGCAGUCUCUGCCCAAGUUCCAGCAUCCCUCCCACGAGCUGCUCAAGGAGAACGGCUUCACACAACACGUCUACCACAAGUACCGGCGGCGCUGCCUUAACGAGCGGAAACGACUGGGCAUUGGUCAGUCCCAGGAGAUGAACACGCUUUUCCGGUUCUGGUCCUUCUUCCUCCGAGAUCACUUCAACAAGAAAAUGUAUGAGGAGUUCAAGCAACUGGCUGUGGAGGAUGGGAAGGAGGGAUACAGGUACGGUCUGGAGUGCCUUUUCAGAUACUACAGCUACGGGCUGGAGAAGAAAUUCCGGCCAGACAUAUUUAAGGACUUCCAAGAAGAGACCAUCAAGGAUUAUGAAGCUGGGCAGCUCUAUGGGCUGGAAAAGUUCUGGGCCUUCUUAAAAUAUUCCAAAGCCAAAAAUCUGGACAUUAACAGCAAACUGCAAGAAUACCUCAGCAAGUUCAAGCGCCUCGAGGACUUCCGAGUAGAUCCACCCAUGGGGGAGGAAGGUGGACACAAGCGAUACCCUACGACGUCAGGGGGAGACGGCAGGAAGCGCUACCCAUCCCAGUCUUCCAGCAAAACGGUCAGCCAGUGCCCAUCCAGCCAAGGCCACGCCUCACCCAGCCAGCCUGCACAAGAGGAUGCCAAAAACCUGAGCCAGCAAUCCCCUGCCCCAUCAGCUGCAGAGUCGCAGACAGUGGGGAAGUAGAGAGGCUGCAGCUUCCUGCCAGGGUGGGGUGGGGUGGUGGGGAAUGGCUCGGAGAGGGGCAGACAUGAGGGGUGGGACAGGAAGGGAGCUGCAAGGUGGGUUCCCAGGAAUAGGCUGCUUGGGAGAAACUUCAACGCACACGAUUUUCUUCUCUUGUGGCUGGAAAGCAAAGACGAUCUGCAUCCAAAACACCAUUUUGCUAUUACUACCCUGACCAGAGCCAGACCCGCUCCCAGCAGACCCAACCUUUUUCCCUUCUCUCUCCUCUUGUGCACACACUCAUGUCUUAGUGUCUCUUCAAAAAAACAAAAAAUGUGUUCUGGCUGGGUUGGAAAGGGGAGAUUUUUUUAUUAUUAUAUAUAUAUAUCAAGUUUUAAAUUAUUGCUAGAAGUUCGUCUGGAUUUACCAAAACAAGUCUGCUCUGUGUGGCCCCAACGAGUCCCCUGUGUGUCCCCCUGGGAUGGAGGGCGGGGCAGCCGCUCAGGAAGCUCGGAGGAGCGAGGUUUCCCCGCAGUGGGGGACCGAAGCCACAGCGUGUGCCGAUGCUGCUGCUGCGGAGCCUCUGACCUCCAUGACCCGGCUGGCGCCCCCGGGGCCUCUCCAACGCCGCCUCCGCCCAGGAGCAUCGCCCUCCUCGUCCUCCUGCUCCCUUCUCCCCAACGUCUUCGCCUUCCCGAGGGUCUGGCUCUCCCUCUGUCCACCUCUCCCUUCUGUCACGGACAAUUUGGAAGUCAACCAAAGGACUUUUGCCGAGGAUAGGCUUGUUGUGACUCCUUCCUGCGAGGAUGGCUGGCUGGGAGGCUGGCAGGCACCUGGACUCGAGCCUGUGUGGACGGUGCAUCCGCUGCCCCAGGAAUGCCCAUCACUUGCAAAGACAGGACUUUGCUGAAGGAGCUUUUCUCUUCCUUUUCCCUUGGAAAAAAAUGACAUAAAAGAAAAAAAAAA